UUUAUAAAGUUAGAAAAAAAAAAUGAUUAAUUCAAUUAAAAUAUAUUGAUGUGCCGCUGCAACAUCAUUCUCUUCGGCGAGUUCUCCUUCUUUUUUUCCGAAUCUCGAUUCUUUCAGCGUUCAAUUCAACCCAAUCUUCUUGCACAAUUUCUGCGGACUUUCGUCAAUGCGGAGGUUAAAUGCUUCCAAGACAACUAUCUUGAUACUGCACUUGAAAACACGAUUUCACUUCUCAUCCUCCUCCGUUGUGUGUAGCAGAAAGAAAGAUAAAGAUAAAGAGAAAGAGGAAUAAAAAUGGGGAUCCGAUUCGUUUUAAUGGUGAACAAACAAGGUCAGACACGUCUUGCUCAGUAUUACGAAUACCUCACCGUUGAAGAACGAAGAACCCUUGAAGGCGAAAUCGUUCGUAAAUGCCUCGCCCGUAAUGAAAACCAGUGUUCAUUUGUUGAGCAUCGCAACUACAAAAUUGUAUACAGGCGCUAUGCAUCUUUGUUUUUUCUGGUUGGAGUUGAUGACGGCGAGAAUGAGCUUGCUAUUUUGGAAUUCAUCCAUCUCUUGGUCGAAACCAUGGAUCGACAUUUUGGCAACGUGUGCGAGCUAGAUAUCAUGUUUCAUUUAGAAAAGGUACAUUUUAUGUUGGAAGAAAUGGUCAUGAAUGGUUGUAUUGUGGAGACGAGCAAAUCAAAUAUUCUGACUCCUAUUCAGCUUAUGGAUAAAACAUCGUAAGAGAUACAACGGAAACAAAAGAAGAAUUCAUGUAUCUAUGUUACAAUUACCUGUCACUGCUGCUUUAUUAUGUGUGAAUACAAACUGCAUCAGUUUAUCGUCAAUUUUCUUUUUCUUCAUGAAUAAAACAAAAGUUGCGUAUUUCAUUUUUAUAAUUUCCUACCUGCUUGAUUGUAUUGACUAUGACUACUGAUUAUUUGCUUUAAUUUCUUUUUUCAUUUUUGGUGGCCACAAAUACAA